AUGAUUUUUCCGCUCAAAUUUCUUCUUUAUCUCCUUUAUCGACUUGUACGAGCAAUUGUUUUGUUAGAAUCGGAUUUCUUGGCGUCCGUCAAACGCUUGUGCACUUGUGAGCCAUGUGAUGUCGAGAGUUUGCACAUUUUGACAAGAUUUCGCUUCGAUAUCAACGAUUGUGCGCGUGCCUGUGAUUUCAUCGUUUUUCACGACACAUUCACCACAUUUUCAUCGAUUCUGCUUCCCGAAUGGAUUAUUUAUGAUAUUGAUGAUAGUCAUGUCUAUUUGGUGAAAGUUCCCGACACUGAAUGCACCAUCGAUCGAUACACAAAAAUGGGUGAUUUCCUGUUGGGAUGCGCAGAGAAAGCGGCCAGGGUUCGAAUUGAUACAUUCAUCGAGCGAUCCGGCCGUUUGCCACCAUUUGCGAGUCGAGUUGUCUUCAUUCAUUCCACGCCGUGCAGUGGUGGAACAGUGGUGGCAAGAAUGCUUCAAGCCUGUGAUCCAACAUAUCAAAACCUAUGCGUUUACGGAGAGCCUCCAGUGAUCACCUCAUUGUCGCUUCUCUCCGAGAAACUCUCAGUGGAAAUCGUGAAGCGACUCGCGUUGACCUCUCUCCGUUUCUCGCUUCAUCAUCAGAAAAACGAUCAAACGAUCGUUUAUAAAUGCCGCCUUAACUCAUCCCGUCUGAUCCCGUAUCUGCACACAGCUGUCCCCUCGAUUCUCCACUGUGUCGUCACAACUCGUUCACCCGAUGUCGCUGUGUCGAAGCUGAUUCUGCGAACGAGUCACGAAACAAAUGUCUUUCAAAUGCUUUCUCGAAUGCGAAUCGAGUUCCCGUGGUUGUCCGAGACGAUCUCGAGAUGGACAUUGAUGCAAAUGCGAUGCGUGCAACAAGUUGGACCUAAGGACGGUUUCGAGCUGGCCGCAGCGUUGUUUAUUGGCUCGCAGAUUGCGCUCGAACAUUGCACCCCAUAUUUGGCGAUUGAUCCGAUUUGCUUCGAGGAUUUGAUGAACGACACGGCUCGCCUGUUGGCGCCAUUGGUGGAUUUGUGUGAGCUCUCGGAUUUGCAUAUUCCGGAUGCAAUUGCGUGGAAACGAACAGCCGCUCAUGAGUGGAGAGACGAUUGGGAUUUGUGUAUUCUCGACGAUCGUCAACUGCAUCGACUUGAGCAGUUGCAUGAGCUCUUGCGCGGUGAUUGGAAUAUU